AUGAGGCCACACUCGUUACCGUUGCCUUUAACGGCUCACAUUCGCGCAACACCGGUUGUGCGCCAAUUUCCACGCCCAAUAUGCGGCGCUCGUCAGUACGCGCGCACUGCGGAUAUUCUCACCACGAAUACGUUCCGUCCCCAUGAUUAUAUGUCAAAUUCAACCAAGUUUACUUCGUGCAUCAACGGAAGUCAGAGACGGUGGAUUACACAAGCGUAUCUUCAACGAAUAAGCGAUGCGAACGCGGAAUGGUCGGGUUUUGCAGAAGAAAUUAAACAAGGGAAGAGAAAGAGCUUUGUGGAGCACCUAGAGGAGAGAGGGCUUCUACAUGAUGCUGUUGGAGAGCGAGAUUUGUUGCACCAAAUCUUUACCGAAAAGCGAGUCGGUAUGUACGCAGGCGUAGAUCCGACGGCGCCAUCUAUGCAUGUCGGGCAUAUGUUGCCGUUCAUGGUACUCGCGUGGGGUUAUGUUUGGGGUUUGCCGGUGACAUUUUUGCUCGGUGGUGCUACAUCGCGAGUCGGUGACCCAACGGGACGGUUGAAGGGAAGGGAGCAAGUUCAUUCGUCUAUCCGCAAGGCGAAUAUGGCCAGUAUGCACAUGCAACUGAAGAAACUAGGCGCAAGCAUUGAGCAAUACGGCAGAAGGCAUGGAUACGAAAGAAAAAUGCACUGGAAACGAGCUUUGACGAACAACAACAUUUGGUGGAACAAGAUCCCAUUCCUAGAGGUACUUCGUGAUCUGGGGGCCUACAUGCGCCUUGGCCCAAUGCUCGGAAGAGAUACGGUCAAAACACGGUUGGCAAAGGGCGACGGGAUGUCAUUCGGAGAGUUCUCCUACCCUCUCCUGCAAGCGUGGGAUUGGUGGAUGCUUUUUCGGAACGGAUGCCAGGUCCAGGUUGGAGGAAGUGACCAGUAUGGGAAUAUUCUCUUUGGAAUGGACGCGGUGAAAACCAUCAGCAGAAACACCGCUAAUCAAGAGGAUCGGAACCCUCUGGAAGACGAUAUGGACAAGCCCAUUGGCCUCACGACGCCAUUGCUAACAGCCCCUUCCGGUGAGAAGUUUGGAAAGUCCGCCGGCAACGCAAUUUGGCUAGAUAGAGACAUGACUUCCACAUUUGAGCUAUACCAGUUUUUCGUGCGCACCCCCGAUGAUGUUGUCGAGCGCUAUCUUAAGAUGUUUACCUUCCUGCCGAUACCUGAAAUCUCGAAAAUCAUGGAAGAGCAAAUUAAGGACCCGUCGAAACGGGUUGCCCAGCACGCUCUUGCCUCAGAGUUUGUUGAGCUCAUCCACGGUAAACAAGAAGCCGAUGCGGUAGCUACCCAGCAUCGCCAACUGUUCAGGUCGCGAAGUUCAACGGCGGAGCCAACACCAAUGCCUAAAAUUCCCGACUCAACCCGCGGAAAUCGCCAGUCACCAACAUACGGUUUUAUCAAUCCGCAGGCUGACAAUCCGUACGCCCCUCAGACAAACUUCGCCAAUAUGCCCUCGGCGCGGGUAACACUUCCUGAGUCCCUGAUUUACGGCCAGACUUUCCACAAGAUCUUGUGGUACGCGGGUCUUGUGUCAUCCAAAAGCGAAGGCCAUCGCAUCGUGAAUAAUCAAGGUGCCUAUGUGGGUAGCCGCCCUGGAAUCCAAAAGAGUUUGACGGGUGGAGGAAUGCCGGACGCCUUGACCUUCACGCCGAUCAAGACAUGGCCGGCCCCAAAAACGCCGGAAUUCAUCAUGGACGGCAAUCUCUUGAUAUUGAAACUCGGAAAGUGGAAGUUAAAGGUGGUCAACAUCAUCAGUGACCAGCAGUUCAAAGAGCAGGGUCUCACAGCCCCUGGCUGGGAAGAGUUCCAAGCCGAGCAGGAGAAAUCAAAAGAAGCCCAAACAGAAACUUCUGAAUGA